GGAGGUUUGUCCGCCCUCGGCCGCCAUCGCGCCGCCGGCCCCUCCCGCCAUAUUGUGGCCGGCGCAGGCGGAGCGGCGGCCGGAGGAUGGUUGCCAGGGCUGAAGGCAGAAGCCCGAAGUGAAGAGCAGAGCAGCCCCUGUGUGUUGCCAUGGCCGGGGGCCGGCGGGGCCCCAGCCGCGCCUCGUACUGCCGCAGCGCCCUGUGCGAGCCCGGCGCGGCCGCCUCGGGCGGCUCCUGCGUGACAGGCGUGCGCUCCCGCACCAGGAGUGGUUCAGGCACAGGCCUUUCCAGCCCGCCCUUGGCGACGCAGAGCGUGGUGCCGCUGCGGCACUGCAAGAUCCCCGAGCUGCCCGUGGAGCGCAGGGUCCUGUUCGAGCUGCAGCUCUUCUUCUGCCACCUGGUUGCUCUCUUUGUCCACUACAUCAACAUCUACAAGACAGUGUGGUGGUACCCACCCUCCCACCCACCUUCUCACACCUCCUUGAACUUUCACCUCAUCGACUUCAACGUGCUGACGGUGACCACGCUCGUGCUGGCGCGGCGCCUCAUCGGGGCCGUCGUCAAGGAGGCUUCCCAGGGGGGCAAAGUCUCCCUGGCACGCUCGGUGUUCCUGGUGGUCACUCGGUUUGCUGUUCUCACUGGCACAGGCUGGAGCUUGUGUCGCUCCAUAAUCCACCUCUUCAGAACCUACUCCUUCCUGAACCUCCUGUUCCUGUGUUACCCGUUUGGCAUGUACAUUCCCUUCCUGCAGCUGAACUGUGACUUUCGGAAGAGCAGCCCCUUCCCACACGUGGCCACCAUCGGCCCCCGCGAGCCGGGCGACAGCGGCCGCGGCCGGGACUACCUGGCGGUGCUGAGGGAGACGUGGAAGCAGCACAGCAGGCAGCUGCAGGGGCUGGAGGCCAUGCCCAGCCACGCCUGCUGCCUCUCCCCUGACCUCAUCCGCAGCGAGGUCGAGUACCUCAAGAUGGACUUCAACUGGCGCAUGAAGGAGGUGCUGGUGAGCUCCAUGCUCAGCGCCUACUACGUGGCCUUUGUGCCCGUCUGGUUCGUGAAGAACACCCAGUACUACGACAAGCGCUGGUCCUGUGAGCUCUUCCUGCUGGUGUCCAUCAGCACGUUGGUGAUCCUGAUGCAGCACCUGCUGCCCGCACGCUACUGCGACCUGCUGCACAAAGCUGCAGCACACCUGGGCUGCUGGCAGAAGGUCGACCCAGCCCUCUGCUCCAACGUGCUACAGCACCAGUGGACAGAGGAGUGCAUGUGGCCCCAGGGAGUGCUGGUGAAGCACAGCAAGAACGUGUACAAAGCCGUGGGCCAUUACAACGUGGCCGUGCCCUCGGACGUCUCGCACUUCCGCUUCCACUUCUUCUUCAGCAAACCCCUGCGGAUCCUCAACAUCCUGAUCCUGCUGGAAGGAGCCGUCAUCUUUUACCAGCUUUACUCGCUGAUUUCCUCAGAGAAGUGGCACCAGACCAUCUCCCUGGCUCUGAUCCUCUUCAGCAAUUACUACGCCUUCUUCAAGCUGCUGCGGGACCGGCUGGUGCUGGGCAAAGCCUAUUCCUACUCUGCCAGAGACCCAGAGCACAAGUUCAACUGAGCCACUUGCACUGAUGCUCAGCUCACGCCAGAACCGACAGAACGAGGAGCCCUCAGAGCUUUGUAUUUUUGUUACCACUGCUUUUUGUUGUUGUUGUUGUUGUUGUUCUUUGAUAACUGAUGUAAUUAAAAGGGGAAGACAAAGAAAACAGAUAUUUUUUUACUCCCAA